AUGAGGCUCCUCAUCUACGGCGACAGCCUCACAGCCGGCUACCACAGCAACGGUCUUCGCUUUUCGCCCUGGGCGCCCGCCCUCCGUGCCCUCCUCGGCGUCGAGGCGGUCGACGCCGUCGGCCACUCGGGAUGGACGAGCUCGGAGAUGCGCGCGGCGAUGGACGAGGAGGCGGCAGACGUCUGCGGCCUCAAAAAACCGGGCAUGCGCCUUGCGAUGCGGACGCAAGGGCCGUUCGACGCCGUCGUCAUCCUGGCCGGGACCAACGACCUCGCCAGCGAGGGAAGCCCGGAGCGGAUCAGCGGCAGCAUCCAGUUGCUGCACGCUGCUGCACGCGCGGAGGGCGCCCGCACCGUCGCGAUGGCCAUCCCCGAGAGCCUCGCGGCGCGGCACGUGCCGGCACUCGCGGCAACCCGCGCCGUGGCAAACGAGCGGCUUGCGGCGUGGGCGAGGUCGCAGGGCGAGUCGGUGCUCUGGGUCGACACGGGCGCCUUGCUGCCCUACUCCGAGCCCUCGGCCGAGGGAGGCCACCUCUGGGAGCCGGACGGGCUGCACCUGUCGCAGGCGGGCUACGCGGCGCUGGCGGAGCGGCUGGCGCCGAAGCUGGCUCCGUGGCUGCUGCUAGCGCCGGCUCGCGAGUCGGCGGGGUCGCUGCCUCCGCCCUCGGCGCCGCCCUCGCCACCCAGAGGCGGGGAAGGGCGCGAGGCGGAGAACGACGUGAGGGCGGCGGAGCGGGCGGGAGUGGCCGUGGCAGAGAUGCUCGGCGGGAGCGGCGCCCUGGACGAGGAGGAGCUCCGCAGGGCGCUCGAGGCGGUGCGGCUCGGCGGCGGCGCUGCCGUCGCCGCCUUUGCGCGCAGCUUUGGCCCGCGCCGGCUGGUGCGCCGGCUGGCGGCAGGCCUGUCCGAGUCGGACCUGAGCGAGGCGUGCGACCAGCUCCUCGCGGCGUGCCUCGCCGGCGAGGGCGACUCGGACGGCGGCGGAGCCUUCGCAGGCCUCGCCGGCGGCGCGGUCGUCGGCGAGGCCGACGUGCAUCGCGAGGAGAUGUACCCGGACGCCGUCGUGCGCCUGCAGCGACCGCUCGCGCCACGGGGCACGCCGCUCGCGGGCGGCGGCGGCGGCGGCGGCGGCGGUGGCGGCGGCGGCAUGUUGCACCUUCGGCUGCACCUGCCCCUCCCAGGGUCCGCCGCCACCUUCGACGCGUCGCGCUGCGCCGUCUCGCUGCAACCGGUAGCGGACGGCGGCGGAGCUAACCCACCGGCCGAGGAGCUCGCGGCCGAGGCGACCGAGGCGCUCGCGGCCGAGGCUGCGGCCGAGGCGACGGCGACGGUGUCGCUGCGCACGCUGAGCCGGCGCGCGGCUUUUGGCGCCGAGAUCGAGUGCAAAGUGUGGCCCGCGUCUGUGCUGCUCGCCCGCUGGCUGUGGCAGCACCCGUGGCUCGUGCGCGGCCGCUCCGUGCUCGAGCUCGGCGCCGGAGUCGGGCUCGCCGGCCUCGGGGCGGCGAAGUGCGGCGCGGCGCGGGUGGCCCUCACCGACAUCAACCGAAAGGCGCUGCAGCAGGCCCGCGAGAACGCGCGACUCAACGGCAUCGAGUGCGUCUGCGCAGAACACCUCGAUUGGGCGGCGCCGCCGAUCCUCCGGGCGGAGGGGGCGAUGGAGGGGGCGGCGGGCGGCUGCGAGGCGGCGCUGCAGCAGCACGAGGUGCUGCUCGCGGCAGACAUCGUCAAUGGUGACGGGCUCAGCGAGCAGGUCGAGCGGAUGGUGCGGCUCCACCUCGCGCCGAGAGGCCUCUUUCUUAUGGUGGCGCCGCGCCCCUUCCACCGCCACCGUGUGGACGAGCUGCGCGGGCUGCUGCUCGCCUCGGACACGCUGCAGACGGCGAUCGCCCCCGUCCCCGAGUGGCUGUCCGCCGGCAUCGAGGAGGCGGCCGACAUCAAGCACGAGCUCUACGUCGUCCAGAGACGCACGCCGUGCGAGAUGGAACGUUUCAAGCGACCAAGUCGGAAUGAGGAGACGACCUCUUUGUGA